GGGAGUUGAUGGCAGCACCACAGUGCGGCCGCCCGGCCGAGCGCGAAGCGCAACCACCCGCCGCUGCCCAGGGAGCGCCCAAGAUGUGGGGGGACCGGGGCGGCAGCGGUCGCAGCAGCCUCUCUUGACCUGCCUCGAUUGGCCCCAAAGAAUGUCAGCCAAGUCCAAAGGGAACCCCUCCUCGUCCUCUCCAGCCGAGGGGCCGCCGGCAGCCUCCAAAACCAAGGUGAAGGAACAGAUCAAGAUCAUCGUGGAGGAUCUGGAAUUAGUCCUGGGCGACCUGAAGGACGUGGCCAAGGAACUUAAGGAGGUGGUUGACCAGAUUGAUACUCUGACCUCCGACCUGCAGCUGGAGGAUGACAUGACUGACAGCUCCAAAACGGACACCCUGAACAGUAGCUCAAGCGGCACAACAGCCUCCAGCAUAGAGAAGAUCAAAGUGCAGGCUAAUGCACCUCUCAUUAAACCCCCAGCACACCCAUCCGCUAUCCUCACGGUCCUGAGAAAGCCAAACCCUCCACCACCUCCUCCACGGUUGACACCGGUGAAGUGCGAAGACACCCAAAGGGUGGUUCCGACUGUCAAUCCUGUAAAGACCAAUGGCACCCUCCUACGGAAUGGAGGUUUACUGGGUGGACCGAACAAAAUUCCAAAUGGGGAUAUCUGCUGCAUACCCAAUAGUAACUUGGACAAGGCUCUAGUUCAGCCUCUGAUGCACAGACCUGACAAAGACAGGUGUCCCCAGGCAGGGCCUCGGGAACGAGUAAGGUUUAAUGAAAAGGUGCAGUACCAUGGCUAUUGUCCAGACUGUGAUACCCGGUAUAACAUAAAGAGCAGGGAGGUCCACUUACACAGUGAACCUGUCCACCCACCAGGAAAGCUUCCUCACCAAGGCCCUCCCCUCCUUCCUCCACCCCAUCUCCCUCCUUUUCCACUAGAAAAUGGGGGACUGGGAAUAAGCCACAGUAACAGCUUCCCUCCUCUCAGACCUGCAACUGUGCCUCCUCCCACUGCACCAAAACCACAGAAGACGAUCUUGAGGAAAUCAACCACUACCACAGUGUGAUAUAUGCCAUUGAAAAAAACAAACUUUUUUUUAAUUUCUAUAUUAUACACAUAAAAUAAGUAAUGAGCACUUUCUACUCAAGCAAUAAAAAGCCCAAAUAUAUUAAUCCUGCAUUCAGCAAAGUGGCAUAAAAAUCGCCUGGUAAGUAUGCAGUACAUUGUUUAUGUCCUGCUUAUGCAUUAUUUUAAAUGUUUCAUCAUCAAAAACCACAGAAUAAUAAAAAAUCUGAAUAUGUUGGUUUUUCAAUUGACCUAUGAUAACCUGUGACAUGCAGAUUUCAAAUAUCUUGGUUUACUAUAAGAGAUGGGAUUAAAUUCAUUUUAUUCAUACCUAACAUCUAUGCAUUAAUAACAUCAUACUCUUAACUUUGAUCUAAUGUUUUUUAAUAAGAAAUUUUAAUACUGAAGGACUAUUUUAUUAUUUUUUUCUAGAAAUGUUUGCCACUAGUUUUGCAUUAUUAAAUGCAGAGGACAAUACCAAAAAUUAUUUUCUAUACUAUACAAUUAUGAUUAUAUGUUAAGCUAUAUAUGUAAUACAAUAUUUUGGUCUUUGGAAAUGUUAUUGUGAUAAUAAACUAUAGUAAAUAAUGGCAAAACCAAAUGCUUCUCAAAAUCAGAAUGAAGCAGUGAUUCAUUUACUCCCCUGUGGAUAUUCAUUAAAAUGGAUAGCAUCUUUGACAAGGUUUGGAGAAGACCACAAUGAGUGUAUGUCAAAAGUUCCUAAGGUGAAUAUCGUAAUCCAUGCCAUAAAUAGAAAUGUACACAUUUGUAUAUUAUAGACUUCCAGUUUGGUACUUCAAGGACCAUCUAUUGAAUCCCUCCUACAUUGCCAGGCCAUUUAGACCCUCCUAACAUUCACCAUUCCUCCAGGAAACACCAUAAACCAGUACAGAGACGCCAUGGGAUGUUUUACCUUGUGCACCAGCAAGCUCCCUGCCUCCCAGAGGAAACCCACAUUUACAGGACAAUCCAAGGGGAUACUGAAAAUGCUGGUAACAGGAUGCUUUCAGCAUUGGCUUUAAGAUGAUUACCCUCAUAGUUGAAAGAUGCCAUUAUUCUUUGUCAUUUCAUAAAAGAAAGAGAGAAAAUCUUUUCCUCCUAACAUCUAAUAAAAGUCUUUCUCUUUGGUCUAAUUUACUAGUAUAGGUCACCUACCCAUGUCCAAGGAAAGUCCCCAGCCACACUGGUUUGGAUGAUCUGAUGUUAUGCCCAUAGUUAUAAAUGAAUUUAUCUCCCCUUGAGUCAUGAUGAGGUCAGGUGCAUGCCUGAACAAAAUUGUUCCAUUAAGUGGGAAGAACGAGGGUUGCUGGUAUCCAGUCAGAGUUGUCCGUUAUUCCUCCAAAUCCAAUUGAGAACUGCAAUUUAGUAGAUGGAGUCAUCUUUGGUGGAAAUUUGUUUGUGGUUCAAUUUAAUAAAGAAUGCUAUGACCUUUUUGAAUAUUUGUCUUUUGAUCUCAAAACUUUGUUUUUAUUCUACUGCAGGGAGAUAGUCUUCAAGCGUAUUUCUUCAUUGCCUUUUUCAGGCUAUAUCAUGAUAAUUUGGAACACUGUUUUUAAAACAACUUCUUAUUAAAAGAUUAUAAUACAUUUGUGUCAGAAUAAGAGAAAGAAAAUAGGCUUUAUUUUGUUAAAGGAACCGUCAAAUGAGUAAAAAAUAGAGGAUGUCAUGUUAAAUGUUUACUCAGCAUAUAUUUUGUUCGAUAUGUGUUGGUCAUGGAGAUGAUGCAAACAGAAUGAAUUCACUUUUCAGAAUUUUGCAAACUGUAAGACCAAUAAUCAAGGAAUGCUAUAAUCUAAAAUUUAUAAAUUGUAUAAUCUGUAUGUUUAAUGAAUAUGGGCCAGGUAAAUAAAUAACUUGUUGAAUACCAAAA